AUGGGCCGACAGGCAUAUUUGAACCGGCUAGCUUUGGGCCGGUCGCCUUAUGAGCUACCAGAGACUGCUACCGUUGACCCGUCCAGUCCCGUCCGGAGAGUCUCGCAUAUCCAUGCCGACAGCUAUAUGCAGCAAUAUGACUCUCGCGGACAUCCAGUGAAUCCAGAAUCUAAAAGCCUGGGACGCGCACUCAGAAAAGCUAAAAAUGACAUUCUCUCUACAAUGGGGAUCGUCGUCAGUGGCGAGGACCGCAGUGCCAGUUCUUCUAAUGAACAGCAACGAAUCAAUCAGAUAACGGCCGAGAAUGACUUUGGCCUAGUGAUUACCACUGCUGAUCAACUUUUUGUUUUCUUUGGCUCCUGGUGGACUUCAUCUCUCACAGGAGAAAUACAGACGUUCAGACAUUACACACAUGCUGCACUGCUCGAUGUCAUACGGUCUGAACGUGGUACCACUGGGAUUUUAGGGUUCUAUUUCGCUGGAAUUCCCGCAUGGGCGGUGUCGAGCGGAUUGGCCAUUGCUCGCGACAAUCCCUGGAAGCGCACAUGGACUGCGAUCAGGGACUAUGUUGUGAGCAUCACAGGCAAUGGCAGUCUCUCGCUGGCUGUUCGUGCGGUAUCUAUAAUUACAUACUUCACUGCUCGAAGUUCACUUCUAGUUUUAUCCGUCGAGGCUUACAUGUACUCAAUUCUCCAAACACUUUCCAUUAUCCCACCGAAAUCCAUACCAAGCCUUCGACUACUCAUACCUUUUGGGGGGGAGUCUCUCAUAAGACUUCCAGACCUCCCAACGGACCUCUCUGCUCCAGCUAUAACCGGCUUCCUUUUACGUUUGCUAGCCUCACCGGCAGUUCUAACAUUCAUCUAUGCAUUUUACUUGCGCCCAGCGCUAGAAGAACGUAUCUACCGUUUGAUCCGCCGCCAGGUACCAAAGCCGGUGCUUGCGGAUGAGCUGUCAAUCAGGGUUGCCUUCGAAGAGAAUCUGGUUGAAUGGGUGGUGCCAACCCUAGGACGGCGCGCAGACGAAGAGGCUCGCCGUGCUAAACUCACGUUGUUACAAGAUAUGCAAUGUGAGCUUGUUGCUUUCCGAGAAUGGUUAUUCUCAUUCUUUGGGUUGUUCUCUAGCAAUACGUCCAGCCAGAAAGCUAUGGAAGCUUCCAGCCAGGAGAGAAUAGAAAACCUCAGAAAUUCGAUCGAAUCGCUUCGGCACGAGCUCGAGGAGGUACAGCUUCGAAAUGACCCCGCAGAGGAUGGGCUCGUAGCUCCCUUUACUAGACCCCCGGGCCCUAUGCCGCGCCGAAACACGAUUGAUCUUGGGCAAGCAGGACUUGCUACUCUUCCUGAGGGGACAAGUCUAGACGAUGGAGAGAUGCGUUUCGGUAUUCCCCAGGUUUUAACGAAUGAAAAUCGCAUGUCUCAAUCUCCGGGAGAGAUGAGCAAUGACUUUUUCUCUGAAAUGGCAACUAUAGGACGGACCAGCGCACCAUCGCAAUCGACCGUCUCAAACACUCAAAGCUUGCCAAGCAACUCACAACAAGCCGAAGUCACAUCCAGAGGUCGACAAAAUUCUCGUUCAAAUACUUUAUUCUCGCGUCCAUCGUCCCCGGAGACAUCGCCCCCGACCUCGCCCCGAGUUAGGGCUUCAUUGAUUCACCAGAGUUCGGACAUAAUUACGAUGCAACUCGAACUGCUCGGCAACCGAACUCGAACUGCGCGCAACCCUGCCUCCGUCUCAAGUUCACAUAUUCCAAGAUUGGGGACGAACAAUGCGGGUCUGCGCCGCUCGUCUACUGUUGAUCGUCGGUCAAUUGCCGACUUUCUGGAGGCUUUGAUUCUCAGCCAGGCUCAGCAACAGGCUGCACAAUCCCCAACUUUGGGUAUUCAUGAUGGCCCUUCGAACAUCAAUGCGGAACCAAACCUUGCAACUGGACAUGAUGCACACCUGAUUGAGAAUGAGCCUCCAAAUGGCCUGGAUGACGGUGAAACGAUGAACCAAGAACUAGUUGGCCAUACCGCGGGCGAAAUCUCGCAAUCUGUCGUUCAAAACAUCCUCCCAGAUGGCGUCGAAGAGCCAAGUGACAUUGAUGCUCAUCCCUUACCACCUUCAGCAGCUAUAGCGGCGACACAAGAUCUCUCGCCCGAAGUGAUAGACCAACCCGACGCACCUACCUCUCAAAUCCCAGCAUCCUCUGCGUAUCCGUCGUCCAAUGCGCACCGAGUGACUCUGCUCUCUGCUCACCCUGUGGAUUCACUUGCAUCGCACCUUGCUGCGAUUCUGAGCAAUCUCAUUCUUGCCCCACUCGAAUCAUUGUGCUACCGUUCGCUGGCGCACUCCUAUCUCGCCACACACGCCUCUUCCACAGCUCAGUUGACAAACCUCCAUCCAUUGAAUCUAUGGUUCGGUGGGAUCUCUUGGGUGGACAUCGGUGCUUAUACCGGUAGGCUUAUACUCAUGAGAGGCAUGCAGGCUGCCUUGAGAGCAGGCGUGUGGGGAUUCCUGGUAGGCUCGACAAUGAGAAUUGGGAGGAAAUUCUGCGGUUGGGGCACAUUAUGA